UCGUCCUUCGUGACGGGGCGGGGCCUGGCCUGCAGAAUUUUGCCUUCUUCUGCCAGGUCUCUGGAUCUGCCCCCGCCAUGCUGCGGUUGCGCGGGCCUGGGCCGGGCGCUCUGCUGCUCCGGGAAGCGCUGGGUCUCGGGCGGCGUGGGCGAGCAUGGCAGCGACCGCAAGGCCAGGACACUGGCGUGGAGGUGCACAACAGCCUCACCGGCAGGAAAGAGCCGCUGAUCGUGGCCCGCACCGACGCCGUCUCCUGGUAUAGCUGUGGUCCGACUGUGUACGACCAUGCACACCUUGGCCAUGCUUGCUCAUAUGUUCGAUUUGAUAUUAUCCGAAGGAUCCUGACCAAGGUGUUUGGCUGCAAUGUGAUCAUGGCAAUGAGCAUUACUGAUGUGGAUGAUAAAAUAAUCAGAAGAGCUAACGAGAUGAAUGUGUCUCCCGCUUCUCUUGCCGGCCUUUUUGAAGAAGAAUUUAAACAAGACAUGGCGGCCCUGAAGGUUCUGCCGCCAACGGUGUACUUGAGAGUCACUGAGAACAUCCCUGAGAUCAUUGCUUUCAUUGAGGGCAUCAUUGCUCACGGCCAUGCUUACUCGACAGACACAGGCAGUGUCUACUUCGAUCUGCAAGCACGAGGGGAGAAGUAUGGCAAGCUCAUCAAUGUGGUCCCUGGUGCAGCUGCAGAGCCAGUUGACUCUGAGAAGCGGCACGCCGGCGAUUUUGCCCUGUGGAAGGCAGCCAAGCCUCAGGAGGUGUUCUGGAGCUCGCCGUGGGGAGACGGACGACCUGGUUGGCACAUCGAGUGCUCUGCCAUGGCCAGCCAGGUGUUUGGAAGCCAACUGGACAUCCACACAGGCGGCAUAGACUUAGCUUUCCCACAUCACGAGAACGAAAUAGCCCAGAGCGAGGUCUUCCACCAGUGUCAGCAGUGGGGAAACUACUUCCUACAUUCUGGGCAUUUGCAUGUGAAAGGCAAAGAAGAAAAAAUGUCCAAAUCCCUGAAAAAUUACAUCACCAUUAAGGACUUCCUGCAGACCUUCUCCCCUGACGUCUUCCGGCUUUUCUGCAUGCGCACCAGCUAUAGGUCAGCCAUUGAAUACAGCGACAGUACCCUGUUGGAAGCCAAGCACCUCCUGCUGGGGCUGACCUCUUUUGUAGAGGACGCACAAGCCUAUGUAAAAGGGCAGCUGACCUGUGGCCCUGUUGAGGAAGACCUGCUGUGGGAGAGGCUGACCAACACCAAGAAGGCUGUGAAGGCUGCGUUAGCCAAUGACUUUGACACACCAAGGGCAGUGAAUACCAUCCUGGACCUUGUGCACCACGCGAACAGACAGCUUAGGGCAGUCUCAAAGGAAGCUGCUGGCCCCAGAAGUCCCACUGUGUUUGGCGCCAUCAUCUCCUACGUUGAGCAGUUUUUCGAGACCGUUGGGAUUUCUCUGGCAAAUCGACAGUGUGUUUCAGGAGACAGUAGCACAGCAACUCUGCACUGUGUGGUCGAUGAACUCGUGCGCUUCAGGCUGAAGGUCCGACAGUACGCACUGGCCACACCUGGGGCUCCAGGGGAGGCCCGGAGACGGCAGCUCCAGGAGAGGCAGCCCUUGCUAGAGGCGUGUGAUGCAUUGCGCCAGGACCUCGCCACCCACGGCAUCAAUGUUAAGGACAGAGGCAGUACAACCUCCACAUGGGAACUGCUGGAUCCAAGGACAAAACAGCAGAAGUCUGCAAGCUGAGGAUGAGGCAGCUGCGGUCCCACAUGCCACCAUGCCAUGGUCUGCUCUUCUGUGAUGAAAACUUUAUAUUAAAGUUGCCAAUUGUGGCUAUUUAGCCAACAGUAAAAGUGAGCCGUUUGUGUUCAGAACUGCCUGGGCAGUACCAUGAUGGCCACGUAAGUUCACAUCAGCUGUUCAGGAGACAUUCUUGAACAUGGCUGGCUGGCCCCUGUGACCCAGGACUGGACAACAGGAGGGAACCAAAGAGCAGAGCCCAUUGGUUAGCAUGCAGUUGCCGGGCCACUCGGGAGGGAGGCUCAGCAGCAGAGGAGGCCACAGUGACCAGCAGGUAACAGUCCCGGGUGACAGUUAAGCCAGUGGCCCCAAGUCUCCUGCCCUUCCCAUGGACCUCUAGGGAUCUCCAGGUGCAUGGCCACUGGUGAUUCUCAACUACUUCAAGUUAACACCCACUCACUGAGCAGAAAACUAUAGGGCCAAAGAAUGCCCACUGGACCCUGUGAACCUCAAUUAAAAACCAAACUCUGCACCCACCAGCCACCCGAGAACUGGAGCCUUGUGAGGGGGUGUCUAAUACCAGAAGGGCACAAGAAUCAGAGAACACAGACUCCAAAUGUCCUCAGAGCAGGCCCAGAUCCAGUUGGGCUGCUGGGAGGGAUUUUAUUCUUAUUUUCUCCUCAGCUUCUGCUGAGAAGCCAAGAAAACCGCACAAGAUCAGAUUACUGUCAGAACAUAUCAACUCUACUUUAGUCAGGAUAGACGGCUAUGUCCUAAAUUCUCUGUCAGCUAGUUCAGCUGUGUGCAGCUGAGCCCAUGGCCCGGGCGUACAUGGAGGACAGUCUGUGGCACCCCUCAGUCUGCACUGGCUCAGGUCGAGAAGAGCCUGCUGAAGGUCGUUCCUACCUCGGCGAUCAUGUCGCUAGUGGUCAUGGAGCGGCCGUACUUCUGGAAGGCCUGAUGAUUACACUCCCUUGUGAGCGUGCAAGCACCCCAGGCAGCCACCAGCAGUGGGCUGGAGCUGUAGACAAGAGCAGAACCAAAGGCCUCGCUGUAGGGCCCUUUGAAGAGCUCUGACUUCACCCCAUUUCCACCUUCAACUCCCAAACAGCAAGCUCAGGCCAGCUGGGCCUGGCCUAGGAAGCACCAGGAGGCCCUGGGUCCCAUCCCUAGAGAUGGGUCGGAACCUGACAGAGGGAAGCAGUUUUUCCUGGUGUGAGAGAAGCGCUUGCUGGUGGUGGUACGGCUUUAACGGUGCUCACUGGUUGUCUUAGAAUGUGGUAGUGCCUGAGGUCUUCAUGCAGACCUGCUACUCCACUGCACACCCCACCUUGGGCCACAGGACAGACUAGAACCAGCCUCUGCACCAUUACCCUGCAGAACUGAGCAAAGUCAAGUCCACCUGAAACACCGUUUGCACCAGUGGUAUCAAGUGGGGCUCCAGAAACUGGGUAUGGAGUGGCCACGUGUGGCCAUAAUGCUCCAUAGCACGGGUCACAUGUGGGGAUCUGCAAGCUUAGCACCCUACUGCCUUAGAGAUCACACACCUAUGAGGACCAGUGUCCAGAGGGCCACCCCUCCAGCCUGUCUGCUCUCUACUUCCAGUUAUAGAAGGCACUGCUGAACUCUCCACAGCAUGUCCUUAACCAACCAUGGCUGCUUGGAUUCUCCCCAGCGCCAAGGCCCCACCCUCAGCAGUAGGUUUGGGUCCAGCCUGUGUGUAGAAGCUCCUGUGGACAGGUGGACCUUGGUCCCGGAUGUCUCCCAUGGAGCACUGGCAGUUCAUCUGGCCUACAAAGGCACGUGACACGAGCUGCCAGAGAGAUUAACAGGCUCAGAGUGGGACGACAGAGGUGUGCAUACCCGUUUGUCUUCUCUGGUCCAGCCAGGAGGGCCCAGUGCACCAGGACACCCAGGGAGCCCGACAGGAGGUCUCCUUGCCCACCACACCUGCGGCCGCUGCCUUCCUGGCUGCACACAAGCACUGCACAGAACAGACACGAACAGGCAUCAGUGCCAACGCCAGGAGCUGCCCUCCCCUGUUCCAAGGAGGACGAGCCCCUGAGGAGAGCAGUCAACACAGGGCACAUCCUGAGCCCAGCCCAAACGCCAUCUCAACCAUGCCUCCAAAGCCCCACCAGCAGCAUUCCUGGAACCCACCCAGCUGCCUCCUUUACCCACUGUAUCCCUGUGCACCGGAAAACUGUUUCCUGGGGAAAUGCUUUCAAGCCUGUGUAGUGGGUAGCCAUCCCAGCAUUGGCCUGGAAGUUCCAACCCCCAU